GAUAAACCAGCACUUGUAAAAGAGGAUGAACUGAUUUAUGCAAGUUUGAAAAACGAAAUGCACUUGGUGUGCUUCGUUCUAGGAACUUCAAACUUAGACACUAUGACCGACAAACGGCGUUCACAAAUCAAUGACAUAAAAAGCUGUGUCAACAAGAAGGGUUUACCAAUGGUUGUUGUUGUAACAAAAUUUGACGAAUUCAGUGAAAAAUUAUUGGAAGAUGCAAGCCAAGUUUAUAGAUGUAUGGAGGCUCAUGAUGCUAUAAAGAGGGUGUCAGACUUCUUUGGAAUACAGGAAAAGUAUAUUUUCCCAAUUGUGAAUUACAUAAAUGACAACGAAAUAAAAGAAGGCAAGGACAUGCUAGCACUACAGGCUUUAGAUGUCAUGGUUAGACUGACAAAUGACUACCUAGAAAUGCAUAAAGAAAAGACGUCAAAAGUUGAAAGUUGGGCAGAACGAGCAAACAAGUUACUUAUUCGAAGACUUAUAGAAGAGAAACAUGCUGUGCUUACUAACCUAUGGAAAGAAAUGACUGCGCUUGGCGAUAAUACACUACGUAUCUUAUGUGUUGGAGCAGUAAAUAGUGGUAAAACGAGUUUCGUUGAUUCCAUAUUAUCGACCUUAAGAGAUGAGAUAUACUCAAAAGCAUCAGGAGGGUACGCAACAGGCGGAAACUCAGAGCUCAGCAAUAAUGUGUCCACAACUGAGGAGAUGUAUCGAUUUAGAUACAAACAGAAAUUAGAAGAGGAAGAUAAACUGUGCAGUAGUAGUGUAUUUAUCGGGGAUUUACCUGGUUUUCAAGAAAAUUUGGGAAUACAGUUGGAAGCCGUCAAAUAUGUAGUUCAGGGUCACGUACCAAACAGUUACAAAAUUAAAUACGGAAUAAGCAGGGAUUCUGCUAAAUUCAAGAAGCACCCCGAGAAGAAAGACAAGGUGAAAUGUGUUUGUUUCAUUUUUGACAUUUCUACGCCUGCUGACGAAUUGCCAGGUAAAAUACAGGAAGCACUCAAGAAUCUUCAACGUUGGCUCCUUGGUAAAAAGAUUCCGUACAUUGUCAUCCUGACAAAAUGUGACCUGUUGAACGCCGAGAUAGGGGAAGGGAAGUAUCAGGUAUUUGAAAACAACACUUUAAAAGAAAACAAAGACAAACUCAUAAAGAUGUUUGGCUUCAAACAAAGCAAAAUGUUCCCAGUUGUUAACUAUAUACAUGAAGAUACAGUGGUACCGGAGAGCGACGCUUUACUUAUAGCGGCUCUUAAGGAAAUUCUGAAACUUGGAAAAGAGUAUUUUGAGGAUUCAGAUGAUAAAGUUACUGAUGAAAGUGAUAACGAAGAAAAGGGAUCAGACGAUUGCGAGACAAACAAAGCCAACAGCUGGUUAAUUGACAUAUUCAAAAGCCUCUUCUGAUUUUAUUUUAAUCAUAAAAAGACGAAACACAGAAAAUGUCAUAAACAUCUAUUCUUCUGAAGUAUCUCGAUUAACAACAUAAAUUUAGGUCCUGAGUUUUUAACCAGACAUUAUGAUCAGCGAACAUUUUUUAUAAAAUGGCGUGUUUUAUGUAUAAAAUGGCGAAUAAUUUACAUCCAAACUGUAUUUGUGAAAUGUACAUGCACAAACCCCAAGCUAAUGAUACUUCUAUCACUUUGAAAUAAAAAAAACAAGAAUUU